UGAUGGUAGGCCAGGGAAAGAGAGAGCUUGUGUGGGGAACAUGACAUCCACGCUUCCAAUUACCCUCAAGAUUCCACCACUCUUUCUUAUCUUCCCCAUCUCUUCUUCACUCUCCUUUCUCACUCCUGAAAGAGGAGGAGAGAGACUGUCACCUCAACAGCAGCAGCAAAUAUACGAGAAAAAUGGCACUUCAGUCACCCGUAAGGCUUCAAGCCACAAACUGUAUGCCAACAGCUUCCGUGUUGUUAUCCCCUACAGGCAGCAAUGCCGGGUUGUGCCGCCCUUCGGAUCGUUUCGCUCCUCCUCGUCCUUGUUGGCAGUCGCCUCGGGUUUCUGCUGCACCCAGGAUUUCCAUGCGCCUAGCUUCAAAGCAAUCCUAUAUUUGCCGUGACUGCGGGUAUAUAUACAGUGACAGAACACCCUUUGAGAAGCUAUCUGAUAACUACUUCUGCCCAGUCUGUGGAGCUCCGAAAAGAAGAUUCAGGGAGUACACACCUGCUGUAUCCAAGAAUGCUAAUGCCACCGACGUCCGGAAGGCCCGGAAAGCUGAGCUCCAGAGAGAUGAAGCUAUAGGGAAAGCGUUGCCAAUUGCAAUUGUGAUUGGGGCUGCUGCUCUUGCUGUGUUGUACUUCUACCUCAACAGUACCUUCUGAGCUGUGCCAAGGCUGCAACAAGUAUUACGGUUGAACUCUAUAGAGUGUUUACAGAACUAAUCUUGUAGUAAUUCCAUUUAUUUCUACUCAUAGAAUGCAUACUAAUGCAUUGUAUACGCUAGCUCCUUUCUUCCUCCAUCUGAAAUGUGAAAUUUUGUUUGUGCGAAA